GCAUGAUUCCAGCGAUAAAGGGGAGAAGAUGGGGAGGGAAUAAAUGCACCGAGCUUAGACCCUAACCCUGUUACAUGUGGUCGUGUCAGCCCAAACUCUCAGCCAAAAAGGUUCCUACCCUUCCACCUCGAUUGAACCUCAAUGCCUUCGUGGCAGCUCAACCUCUCCUCCACAACUGCCCUUGCGCCAAUUUGAUGCCUAGAGCGCCGCCAUGGCCGAGGCCGCUACUUCAAUACCGGGGCGCGCCGUCCGCUUCGCCCUCGACGUCGCGAACGGCCGCCAUGCGCUCUCCAAGCUCGUCGGUCCCGCGCUGCUUGCCCUGGACGGCUUGCUCUGUGCCCUGAUAAUUCUCAAGAUCCCCUAUACCGAAAUUGACUGGGAGGCGUACAUGCAACAGAUCUCGCAGUACGUCUCGGGCGAGCGCGACUACACCAAGAUCAAGGGCGGCACCGGCCCCCUCGUGUACCCGGCAGGCCACGUCUACAUCUACACGGCGCUGUACUACCUGACGAAUGAGGGCAGGAACAUCUUGCUGGCGCAGCAGCUGUUCGCUGGCCUAUACCUGGUGACCCUCGCCGUCGUCAUGGCGUGCUAUCACAGAGCAAGGGCGCCGCCGUACAUUCUUCCGCUCCUGGUCCUCUCGAAACGCCUCCAUAGCGUCUACGUCCUCCGUUGCUUCAACGACUGCUUUGCCGUGCUCUUUUUCUGGGUGGCCAUAUACUGCUUCCAGCGGCGCGCGUGGACGCUUGGCGCGCUGGUAUACAGUUGGGGCAUCGGCGUCAAGAUGACGCUGCUCCUCUCGCUCCCCGUCGUGGGCCUAGUGCUCCUCCUUGGCCGGGGGUUUGUGGGUGCCAUCCGGGUCGCGUCCAUGAUGGGCCAGCUACAGGUCGCCAUCGGCCUCCCGUUCCUAUCCCACAACGCACGGGGCUACCUGGGCAGGGCGUUCGAGCUAUCGCGCCAGUUCUUCUUCAAGUGGACGGUGAAUUGGCGCUUCGUGGGCGAGGACGUCUUCCUCAGCAAACCCUUCUCCCUCACGCUCCUGGUCCUGCACGCAUCGGUCCUUGCCGCAUUCGUUGCCGCGCGGUGGCUGAAGCCGACGGGCAAGUCCCUGGGUCAGAUCGCGGGCACCAUACUCUCCGGGCGCCUCCCCUUCAACGAGCAGCACGAGCUUGCUGUGUCGGGCGCGGUCACCCCGCGCUAUGUACUGACGUCCAUGCUGACGGCCACCGUCGCUGGCCUUCUCUUCGCGCGGUCGCUGCACUACCAGUUCUAUGCGUACCUCGCCUGGUCCACCCCCUAUCUCCUCUACCGGGCCGGUCUCCACCCGGUCCUGCAGUAUGGGCUCUGGGCCCUGCAGGAAUGGGCGUGGAACGUGUAUCCAAGCACGCCGGCCAGCUCUGCAGUCGUUGUCGGCGUCAUGGCGGUCACGGUCGCCUCGGUAUUCGUCGGCGCGAGGUCUGAGUUCAGGCCUGCGCCGAAAGUGGCAGCAGCCAAAUGAAAAGGUCGCUUGGGAAUAUGAAGUGGAAAUCUCCGAGGGGCCCGCGAUCUAUUGCUCAGUCUUCUUCCGAAUCUGAUGGGGGCAUCUUGCCGACAUUCGAGUCCUCUUCAUCGUUGAUCUCCUCCUUGUGCUUGGGGAACUGGGUUGGCCUGUGGACGAGAAUUGGCGGUUAGCAAAAACUAGACGAGUCGCGGCGGAAACAAAAAGAAGAAAAAAAGAAAUGAGACCAUUUGCCCUACCAGUAUGGCCGUUUCCUCCACUCGCGCUCGUCCCGCACCACGUUCACAAUCUCGCCGUCCACCCUGCUGCCCUUGCGGUCCUCGUCGGCCGCCAUCUCGACCAGCACGUAGCCGCCCCGCCUGAUCCAGAUGGUGUUGCGGAACCGGGCGGCGAGCUCGGCCAGGGCCGGCUUCCCGUCCGGGAGCGUGCACGAGUACAGGCUGUUGCCCUCGGCCUUGACGACGCGCGCCAGCGACUGGUUGCCCGCGAGCGCGUCGGGCGGCGUCGUGGUCUCCUCGGCCGCCGCCUGGACGUUGCGUUUUGAGCGUGCCAUUUUUUUAUUUUUUUUGACUCACUCUCUUUCUUGGAUCGCUGCGUCACGAGAUUUGCGCGAGUUGUGAGUCGGGGUCGUGUUUUGCGGAGGGAUGGAUGCUCUUCGGCAAUUUAUUUUCAUAAAGAACUUUCUUGCCUCUUCCCGCCCGGAGCCGCAGCCUGUGGGUGGGGGGAGCCCGCAGAUGGCUGCAUCCGAUGCAGCCCCGCGCAACCACUUCUAGGGUCCAUCCUUCGUGCCGGUUGAGACGAUAAACUUAUAUCCAGGGUCCCCCAUUAGGAACCUACUAGGAUCACACUUUUAUCUAUAAAUCCGGGGAUGCCCUUCCACACUUAAUCUUCUUGUACAGAGAGUAUCACUUCAAACCCUUGGGAUACAAGUGACCUAUCCCAAUCCCCAAAUCUCGGCUUCAACUGGCAGGGCGCCCGCGAUGCGGCGAACCCAAAAUUUAUGCAUAUAUGGGAUUUCGAGGGGCAUGUUUGAAACGAUCCAGUGGCACACGUUGAUGAACCGGCUCGAGUCCGGGAGGCUUAUGUUCACGCGUGGUCUGUCAGCGACUCACACGCACCGCGGGCGUCUCCUGACCAAGGCGCCACGUGGGGGACCCCCUCGGUCACUUCCUGCCCGAGGCGGGGCGCGAAACUGCGGGCAGUGUUCCGCGAUACAGGCCCGGUGACUCCGAAGCUUAGAUAGCGAAAUCAACAGAGAAAAACCCAUGCACGUGGUCGUUAUGUUGAGUUCUGCCCGGA